CAAAAUGAAAGAUUAGAAGCACGGUUGGAGAUGCUCUAAGUGAAGCCAAACAAGGUCUAAACCAUGGAAACAACUACCCAUUGGCCAUUGACCCCACUCCAUUUUCUUUUUCUUUUAUUUGAAAAUGUGGCCCCACUCUAAUUUUUAAUUAUCGGGUCUUACAUCUAGACAAGUCAAGCAAUUAGUACACCAACGCUCUAUUAAAGCAAGCUUAUCAAGCAAGCAGCAAAUUCAGCAUUAACAUUCUGAUCACCAUAUUGGUAUGGCAGUGCUAAAGCCAUUCUUUCUUUUCGUGCACGUCGUAUUUCUGUUGUCCUCGCAUUCAGGCUCUCCUCUUGUAGCCGGCUUUGUGCAAGGCGGGAACGAGACCGACCAACUAGCCUUGCUUGCAUUCAAGGCCGCAAUAACCAGUGAUCCCUUUGGAGCUCUGAACUCGUGGAAUGAAUCCAUCCACUUUUGUCACUGGGCUGGCGUGACAUGUGGCCGCCAGCACCAGAGGGUUAUCGUGUUGAGGCUUGAACAUCAGGAGCUCACUGGGUCUGUUUCGCCUCAAGUCGGAAAUUUGAGCUUUCUCAGACAACUAUGGUUGGGUAACAAUAGCUUGAGUCGUGAAAUUCCACCAGAACUCGGUCGCUUGCGGAGACUACAAAUAUUGACAGUGGUCAAUAAUUCAAUUACUGGUGAAAUUCCCUCCAGUAUAUCUAGUUGCUCUAACCUUGUUGCCCUAGAACUCUCUGGCAAUAAGCUGGCAGGGAAAAUUCCUUCGGAGCUCGGUUCUUUGACUAAGCUCGAGAGACUGCUUAUUCAAAGAAACAACAUAACAGGAGGUAUUCCUUCUACUCUUGGGAAUCUAUCUUCUCUUACAAAUCUGACUGCUUAUUUCAAUAUUAUUAGUGGGAAUAUACCAGAUACUCUUGGUGGAUGCAAAAAAUUGGAAGUUCUCAGAUUAGGAGUGAACAAGUUGGUUGGUACCUUUCCUUUUUCGAUCUAUAAUCUCUCUUCUUUGGGACACUUACUAGUAUCGUACAACCAAAUUGAGGGCACCCUUCCUUCUGACCUAGGAAUCACUCUUCCUAAUCUUCGACGCCUAGUUCUAGGCGAUAACUUGUUUGCUGGUUAUAUACCUCUUUCAGUAUCCAAUGCCACCAAACUAUAUCUCCUUGACCUGGCAGGAAAUAGAUUUAAAGGAAAAGUCCCUCCUUUAGAAAAGCUGCGUGAUCUUGAGAGGUUAACGUUAGACGAAAAUCAUCUAGGGACAGGGGAAGUGGAUGACUUGAGCUUUCUAGACUCAUUGACAAAUGCUACCACGUUGCAGUUGAUUACUUUGGGCGACAACAACUUUGGAGGGGUGUUGCCUGAAUCAAUUAGCAACCUUUCCGCUCAUCUUAUUGUACUAACGUUGUCUGGCAAUAAUAUAAGUGGGAGCAUCCCAACCGGGAUAGGGAAUCUUAUCAAUUUGCAGGCUCUUGUUAUUAACAACAACCAUGUAAGCGGUAACAUUCCUGCUGAUAUUGGGAAGCUUCGAAACUUAGAGUAUUUGUAUCUCCGUGGUAACAAUUUCUAUGGAGAGAUUCCAUCAUGUUUUUCGAAUUUAACUUCUUUAAUUGAACUUACUUUAUCAAAAAAUAAUCUCCAAGGCAGCAUCCCUUCAAGUCUGGGGAAAUGUCAACGGAUGCAGGCACUAAUUCUUGGUCAUAAUAACCUUAGUGGAAUAAUACCGAAAGAAGUUAUCAGCCUCUCAUCAUUGGUUUAUCUAGAACUAUCUAACAACAAUUUGGUUGGUAACCUUCCGGUAGAAGUAGGAAAUUUAAAAAACCUAGUAGAAUUUAAUGCUUCUGAGAACACACUGUCUGGCGUAAUUCCAAGCACUCUCGGUAGCUGUGUUACACUUAGUUUACUAUACCUUGAUGGCAACAAAUUCUGGGGAAACCUUCCUGCAACCUUAGCUAAUUUGAGAGGUUUGGAACUAUUAAAUCUCUCUCACAACAAUUUCUCAGGACAAAUCCCAGAGUACUUGGAUGACUUCAUCUUUUUAAACAAAUUAGACUUGUCAUUCAAUGAUUUUGAGGGUGCAGUACCGGAAAGAGGUGUAUUUAAGAAUUCAACUGCCAUUUCUGUUGAAGGAAACAACAAGCUCUGUGGGGGCAUAGCUGAAUUGCAGCUGUGCAUUUGCAACUCUAAAAAGGGUAGAAGGAAAGGAUUCACUCAAAUUGGAAAAUUAAUACUCUCGGUAUCAUUUGGGCUUCUAGGACUACUUGUGAUGUUGGGUGUUCUUUAUCUUUGUUGGUCUAGGAAGACUACAAAAGUACCCCCAUUCCGAGUAUUAGGAAACUCAUUUCCGCAAUUGUCCUACCAAAGUUUGCUUCGAGCUACUGAUGGGUUCUCCCUAUCCAACUUAAUUGGAGUUGGUAGUUUUGGUUCUGUUUAUAAAGGACUUCUCGAUCGAAGUGGAAAAGUUGUUGCAGUGAAGGUUCUAAACCUUCAAUUCCAAGGUGCCUCAAAGAGUUUCAUAGCCGAGUGUAAAGCCAUGAAGAGUAUCAAACAUCGAAAUCUUGUAGGAAUUCUUACCGCAUGUUCAAGUAUUGACUAUCAAGGUAACGAUUUCAAAGCUCUGGUUUAUGAGUUCAUGGUCAAUGGGAGCCUAGAGGAGUGGUUGCAUCCAAAUGGAAAUGGAGUUGGCGUUCACGAGGAGGAAAGGAGUUUAAACCUGCCACAAAGGCUUCUUAUAGCAAUCGAUGUUGCUUCCGCUCUUGAUUAUCUUCAUCAUCAUUGCUGGGAUCCCAUAGUUCACUGUGACUUGAAGCCGAGCAACAUUCUUUUGGACAAUGAAUUGAUUGCACGUGUAGCUGAUUUUGGUUUAGCAAGAUUCCUUCUCAAAGCCACUCAUGAGUCUUUUUCAAUUCAAUCAAGCUUCAUUGGCAUAAGAGGGUCAGUUGGUUAUGCCGCUCCAGAGUACGGCAUGGGAAAUGAGGCCUCAACAUCUGGCGAUGUGUAUAGCUAUGGCAUACUUUUGUUGGAGAUGUUCACCGGGAAGAGACCUACAGAUGGCAUGUUUACCGAUAGUCUGACACUCCACAAAUUUGCUAAGAUGGCUCCACCCGAAUCAGUGGAGAGCAUUUUCGACCCAACAUUGAUUCCGCAAGGACAAAUUGGCGAGGCAAGCACAAGUAUCAGUGGCGUUCAGAAUCAGAGCUCUCUCAACAGUCACAAAAUUCAUGAGUGCUUGAUUUCACUACUUCAAGUUGGAAUCGCAUGUUCAGAGGAACGAGCAACAGAUCGACCGGACAUCAAUGAGGUUCUCAUUGAUUUGCAUAAGAUCAAGAACAUUCUUCUUGGAAAUGGAGCACAUGGAGGUCGAAGAUCUAAGAAUUCCACAGUGAUCAAUAAGUAGGCAGGUCAACACUUUCUUACUCACUUAAGAAAUCAUGCAUUUUGCAAUGAAACAUCAGAUUUCUUCACUGUAGAUGCUUAAAUACACAAGGCCUAACACAACUAUUCUACUUGACCUAGGUGGUCACAAUUUACUAUGUUUGAAAAGAAGUUGUUGUCUAUGCUAGAAUUAGCAGCAGAAGGAGUCGAAUUAUGUUCAAGACAGCUGACAUUUGUGGUUAUAAACGAAAGGAAUGCUCUAUCAGUCGUUCAUUCAACUUUUUCUUCGUUUAUUCGGUUGCAUUGCAUCAUGAGUCACUUAUUCAACAUUUUCUCUAGAGAAAACUAAUUUCAAAUGUCCAACAGCUUCUUAACUCUGUGUGUCCUUUUUUACGCUUUUAUCACAUUACGUCCAACAUUAGUGGAAUCUAAUUAUCACUAUUUCCUGUCCUAGGUUUCCGAGGUGUAGUUUGCGUUGAAGACACUUCUUGAGCAUUAGCUAUGUGAGGCUUCAAUUGCUUCUGCUGUUUGUCAUAGACUUAUCGCACUAUACUAUGCUGUAAUUUCUGGUUCUGUUUCUUUAACAUUUUUAGUUUGUCUGAGUUUGCAACUUUCCCGAAUAAAUGUACUCUAAUAAGGCUAUGGUUGUUAUGAUGAUCUUGUCAUAACUCUUAUUACUUCUUUAGUUUAACUAGGCUAUGGAUAUCCACAA